UCCUCUCCUUUCCGUUCCAUAACAUACAUACCCCCACAACAUCCCCGCCCGCGAACUCGAUGAUGGGCAAAGCAGCAAACCGCCGUCGAAACCAGUCCGUCGAGGUCGUCGACCCAAAAGUUGCGGUCGACCUCGCCACCGCGCAGACUUACUCUGAGAAUGUCUUCCUCUUCGUCCCCAAUCUCAUCGGAUACACACGCGUUCUUCUUGCGGCGUUGGCCCUUCAUUUUAUGAACUACCAUCCGAAGUACUGCACGCUUGCGUAUGGGAUCUCUUGUCUUCUCGAUGCCGUCGAUGGUCAGGCUGCACGCGCACUCGGACAAACAUCCAAGUUUGGAGCCGUUCUUGACAUGGUCACCGACAGGUGUACGACCUCGUGCCUUCUGUGCUAUCUAGCUUCAGCGUAUCCCGACUCGGCACUCCUCUUUCAAUUUCUCAUCGCUCUGGACUUCGCAAGUCAUUACAUGCACAUGUACAGUUCCCUUGUAACCGGAGCACGAAGCCACAAACUAGUGACGAGUGAUGUCAGCCGUAUUCUCUGGCUAUACUACAACGAUUCACGAACAUUAUUCAUCAUGUGCGCGGGCAACGAACUCUUCUUCGUCUCGUUAUACCUUAUGAAAUGGGUCCACACGCCCAUCGGUCUUCCUAUUCCUAUACCCUUCGAAUCCGUCGUCGGGCCCGCGACUUGGCCAUUACUCGUCGCGGCGUUCACUCUCCCCAUCUGCUUCACGAAGAACGUGAUCAAUGUGGUCCAGCUAUGGAAGGCAUCGAAAAUCCUUGUCGGGGUGGACUUGGCGGAGAGGGCGCAGGCUCGGGAAGAUUCGUUGAAGGCGGCGAGGAAGGGGACGUGAGGACGGGUCGACGAGAUUUGCUGGAUUAUUAUUACGAUGAUGGGGGUAGGAGGUGGGGGUGAUGACCCGUUUGCGUUGCGAUGUGGACGAUGGACCGGACAAGUGGUGGGUGGGCGGAAGCUGAGAUAGGUAAUGCGUUGUUCGUUCGCUGUCGCUGUCGCUGUGUGCUGCGUCGUAUUUUACUAGUACUGUUACAUCUGGACUGUAAUACGCCCCGUUUUUAUAGACGCUCCUUUCUAUGUUAUUUUCGAUGUUGCUG